AUGGCAGCAACCAAUAGUGCUUUCAGAACAGAAACCAGAGAUGAAGAUCUUUAUAAUCACUUAGAGUUGUUCAAUAUGCCGUCUUCAUCAAUCGAAGCUUCAGCAGCAAACGAUUACCAAGAUUGCAGAGAGCAACAACCGACAAGAAAUAUCGGGAAAGGUCGGCGUAUGUUCAGUGAUUACAGAACAGAACCCAACAAUGAACACCUUUACUGUAACAUACAAUCAAUCAAUCAACCGUCUUCAUCUGCCACCGAAACCCAAGCAGCAAACCAAACCUCCCAAGAUGACAGAGGAGGGCAACAACCAACAGGAAAUAGUAAGACGAUGGGUCGGCGUGUGUCAUCUGCUAUGAUAGCUGUUUUGGCCUUAGCCUUCCUGGCCAUGCUUGCUUCAUUGAUAGCAACGAAGUGGGUACACGCCGAGAAGAGUGGAACAAAAAACGGUAAUUUUUUAGAUAGAUAUGGAAUGAUUUUCAGUAACCGUAGAAGGCCUAAAGCCGUUCGAAAUCGGAGUCUCUGUUUGGCUAAUUUUUGAUAUUAUAUACAAAAUGGUGUCCCAAAUACUGUAUUAAUAGUUUUAGGUGCGAAUUCUCUUCACUUUGAAAUAUUUUGAGGAGUCCUCGAGGGGCCGCCAUUGGUGAAUGAAAGAGUUCACUUAAAAUUGAAGAAUUAAUAGUCUCAGCCUUUACUCAGUAAAAGGAUCGUUUCGGUGAGUAAAAGCUAGUGAAAUACGGAAUUAUGUUUUUCCGUCUAUAAUUAGUCCAAUUAUCUAGGGCUGACUUAAACACAUGGUCUGAAAGGAGACUUAGCGUGGGUUGAAAAAGGCAUUUGAUAGGGCUCUUUUUGGUUUAAAUUGUGCUCAAAUGGCUCCAGGAGAGGCUGAAUCGGCAGACUUGGGCCUGCGUGGGUGA